AGGUACCCACAUACAAUGAGACCCAAAGGACGAAUCACAGGCAUCGACUGGGCUCCGGAUUCGAACCGCAUCGUGACGUGUGCAUCGGACCGUAAUGCGUACGUGUGGACCCUGAAGGACAAGGUGUGGAAGCCCACUCUGGUGUUGGUUAGGAUCAACCGGGCUGCUACUUUUGUCAAGUGGUCCCCUCUGGAGAAUAAGUUUGCCCUGGGCAGCGGAGCUCGCCUCAUCUCUGUCUGCUACUUCGAGAAGGAGAACGACUGGUGGCUCAGUAAGCACAUAAAGAAGAGCAUCCGGUCCACGGUGAUGUGUCUGGACUGGCACCCCAACAACAUCCUGUUGGCUGCAGGAUCCUCUGAUUUCCACUGCAGGAUCUUCUCUGCCUACAUCAAGGAAAUCGAGGACAAGCCAGGCCCGACAGCUUGGGGGGCUAAGAUGCCAUUUGGGGAGAUGCUGCUGGAGACCAAGGACUGUGGAGGUUGGGUACACAGUGUCUCCUUCUCCCCCAGCGGAGACCACCUGGCCUGGGUCGCUCACAACAGCAGCAUCAGUGUGGCCGACGCCACCCAGGGGAAAGAGGUGACUCAGCUGACAACGGACCGCCUCCCUCUAGUGAGCGUGCUCUAUGUGAGCCCCACAGAGAUGGUUGCCGCGGGCCAUGACUGCUGUCCGUUUCAGUUCUCCUAUAAGGGCCCAGGCAGUCUGAAGUUUGUUAAGAAGCUGGACAUCCCCAAGCAGACCUCUAGGGGCAGCAUGUCCGCCAUGCAACACUUCCGCAAUCUGGAUAAGAAGGCUACUGACGACGAUGAGAGCAACGAGCUGGGCUGCCUGCACCAGAACAGCAUCACUCAGCUGUGUAUCGUGUCAGGAACUAAGGCCCACGUGGACAAGUACAGCAGUGUGGGUCUGGACGGAGCUAUGGUCCUCUGGGACUUCAAGCACUGAGUUCAUGGAGGAUGCUAGAGCCAUAGGCUGUGUAUUGCCAUCUGUGUGGUCAGCAUUACUCCAGAUGACCAUGGGACUCACCACUACCAGUUGUUAAUAACAUCUACAUUAAGCAGUUAGUCACACCAGGGUUGGGGUCAAUUCCAUUUCAAUUCCAGUCAAUUCGGAAAGUAAACCAAAUUCCAAUUCCAUUUUUUUUUUAAAUUCCUCAUUGAAAAGCAUUGAAGAGAAUUGGAAUUUCAGUGUACUUUCUGAAUUGACUGGAAUUGAAAUGGAAUUGACCCCAACAGAGUCACACCACUGUCAAGUGACCUAUUAUUUUACACAGAUAGAUGUGUUAUCAUGUGUAUUCAUUUUCAACUGGAACAGUAGACACUUCUGCAGCUUCAAGAUGUUUUACAAUAAAUCAUGUUGCUUUGUGCUGGGUUUCAAUCAAUGAAUCAAUAUGUUUUAAGUAAAAUAAACAUGCUUUCUACAGA